AUGGUAUCGCGCAAGCGUACCAGACAGGAAACGGAAAACCGCUCUGCAUCUGUCGCUGAUUCUAGCGUCCAGGAAGAACAUGGCGGGCUCCUCCAUCGGCUGCGCAAUUCAUGGGAAUUUGCGAAUCUAGUUCAAUAUAUAUACAUGUUCGGCAAGGCCAUGAAAAUAAAUGAUGAUUUUGACAUUGAGGAUUUGGAAACGGAAUGCUUAAAACCAGAGUCUUCCGAAACAUUACUUGAGAUUGGCCUGUGCCUUUUAAAAUUUAUUUCCUCGCAUCGUGGCUUAAACCGAGAUAAUUUUGAAGAGUAUACCCGUCGACAGUACAGCGCAAAGGCCCCCAGCCGAAACCCUUUUGGUGAUGGAGAAGACCCAGUGAAAUUCCACGAGUUUGAUCUUUUCGAAAAACUACGCGUAUUGCAGCAACUGGCGGCAUGGACUCUAUGGAACCCUGAAAAGUUCCGUGAAAGAAUGCCAGAACAAAAGGAAACAGACCAGACACAAUGGCGUGUUGAAGAACUGGGGUAUGAUCGCGAUGAGCGCCUCUACUACUUGCUUGAUGAUAACAGAUUAUACCGCCGGACCGACCCUCCUAUUCCACCUCCAGUGCCAAGUAAGCCCAAAGCAACAUCCAAAAAAGGCCGAGCUGCUGCUAGAGCAGCAAAACGUAGAAAGCUCGCCGAAGCUGAGACGAAGGAUGAGGAUCGGGAGCAGGCAAACGGUGGCGCCAACGACCCGCCAAUAGCGCACAAAUGGGAAUGCAUAGCCAUUACGCUGGUUGAAUAUAGAUCUUUCGUUGAGAGACUACGAAAGUCUAAGGAUCCAGACGAACAAAUUCUCCGUGACCGUCUUGUCGAUCAAGUCAUACCUACUAUAGAGAAGGCAGAGGAAGCGCAGCAGAAAAAGAUACAACGCAAAGAAAAAGAAUUGGUCAAUCUGCAGAAACUUGCAACAGCAAAAAGGUCAAGUAGAAUUGCAAGCAGACAAGAGAAGGAACGCCAAGAAACAUUUGCUGCUGAAGAAGCUAAGAAGCGAGAAGCCGAGCGUAUCUCCACCAAAAAGCAGCAGCAAUUACAGGAAAAGAUUGAAAAGGACCGGCUCUACAGACUGAUGACGCGAGAACAGCGACUCAAGGAUCGGGAGGAGAAGAGACGGCAACAUGAACAACACCUUGCGGACAUGGAAGAGCAGGCCAAGAAGUUAGAGACUGGGGAGGCAAGAAUAUCCGAGAGACAGCUUAAAGCAAUGAUGGAGAAAGGCAAGCAAGACCUAGAGGCUCUUCAAGCAGAAGAACCAUGGGUGUUUGACUGCUCAGUUUGUGGGGUCCAUGGUGAAAACCUGGAUGAUGGGUCUCACAGCGUUGCUUGUGAAAAGUGCAAUGUUUGGCAACAUAGUCAAUGUCUCAAGAUCCCCAAAGAGGAGGCGGAAAGGGACGAUUUCCACUUUAUUUGUGCCGAUUGCAAGCAACGCAUUGAAGACGCCAAGCGUCCAAAAAUCCCCCCUUUAAAAUUUCGCAUCCCAACCUCAUUGUCGCCUCAUUCUGCUGGGCCAUCCCAUGUCAAUGGAGAGAAAGCGAAGCAGCAAGGUAGUGAAAUACCCCCAGCGCCCGUUAAUAUUCCACCGCCGUUUCCCGCCGCUUCAAUUCCGCCCAUGCAAGUAUCAGAAUCGCAACCGAAACCCGGUUCUGGAGUUUCUCCUACCAUGAGAGAUGCCCCAGGCUCAUACCAUCAGUAUCGCCCUACAGCCCACCCAGUUGCGAAUGGCUUUCAACCAGCACGCCCUCUAUCGCAAAACGGCACUUUUUAUCCAACGCGCCAGCCACAGCAACUCACUCCUAUGGCUAUCCAACAGCCCUCGUCAACAAUAUUUCCACAACGACCUGCUGGAGGACAUCCGGAGACACAACUGAAAUUCAUCCAACACCUACCACCCACAACUGGACCUCUCUCAAACAACUCUUCAUUCAAUUCCCAUCGUCAAUCACCCUCUUAUUCGGCUCAAACCUAUCCUUCUCCUAUUCAGAAUCGCCCUUCAAUGUCUCCAACUCAAGGGAAUCGUGACGUAGGGCCAUUGGCCGGCUUUCCUCCCCAGCCAACUCCCUCAAACAACGCCAUACCCAGCACCCCUUUCAAUUAUAAUCGACCACAUACCGGCACCUCGCCUUAUCUUAACCAAACGCCUUCUGCGUCCUUUUCUGCAACGCCGCAUGCCUCAUUUUCUCACACCCCUCCCCCAAACUACGCUCAACCAGUUGCAACAUCUGGCCUUAGUCCUAGAAAGCACUCGCCUCCACGUGCUCCACCUUCAUUUUCGCCAAACAUUGGCAGUACUUCUGUCCUUCCACCUGUACAGAAAUUACACCCAAGCCCUAAAUUGAUGGGUCGACGGUCUCCGGAUGCUCCUGUUCCCGGCCCGGUGAAGAGCAUGACUCCAGAUCAGGAGGAUCGACGGCGAAGGGAGAGGGAGUUUUCAAUGCAGAACACUCAGUAG